GCGCCUGAGGAACAUUUGUGUGUGUUUUUCGAGGACCUAGAUUUGUUCGAACAAUUAUUUACCAUGUGAUAUUUCUAGGAAAUUGUGAUUGUUCGUGUUUGAUCGCAAGUCAACAUGACACUGUUCAUCAGUAUAGUUCCGUGAAUUUUCUCCGAGAUCACCUAACUCGUAGUGAACGGGAGAGGGUGUGAUUAUGUAUCAUGUUAUCAGUCCCCGUGCUCUACAAUCAAUAAGUACUAACAAAGUCAGUGUGUCGUUAGAAUAGCAUCUAAUUACUUUGAAUGCCUGUAAGAAUUAGUCCUGACACCGACUUUGCUUAUCUCACCAAUUUCAGCUCUUUUAUUCUCAGUGUCAGUUUUUCCUCACAUAACACUGAUAGUAAGGAAAGUGAUAGGACUUUACAAGUGCUUACAUGCCUGUGGAAUUUUUUUCACCCUGGCAUGAAAGAAUUCCUCAAGAAAAAUGUUAUUCUCCCAUGAGAAACUCUUUUAUAUCUGUUGAAUUUAAUUUCAAAUGAUUCCCAGAACAUCAUGCUGAAAUCAUGUAGUAUUAAUCAGAUAUGACCCUGUAAUAUAGAGGAAGAGGAGCAACUUGAGCUUCACGAUGAAUAUCAUGCGGAAAUUGCGAAGUGGUGGAGGCCUGACCAGCAUGCCAUCAACUGGUCAGCAAGAUGAUGGAAAUUCAAAUUCUGCCCAGCACACAGCCCUAGGGCUAAUGCAUCUGAAGAAAUUGUUCUCCGAGUACACUCAUCCUGCACAUCAACUUAGUGAUAAAGAAAAGGAAGAAAAGCUUUAUAAUAUGCUUCCAUUAUUCUGCAAAGUGUUCGGAAAUGCCUCUUGUGCUGACAUGACAGACAAGUUUAGAGACAUCGUUUCUUUCUGUGGUCAUGUCUCUCGAUUAAUGGUGUCAGAAAUACGUCGUCGGGCAUCAAACCAGUCUACUGAAACAGCCAGUCGAGCAAUCGCCAAAUUUCUAGAGAUAGAAAAUUCUGAAGAAUCUAGCAACGGCUGGAUGCUUCUCUCAACCUUAAAUCUUCUUGCGUCGGGCAAUGCGCAAUUGAUACAGGUUAUGACAUCAGUAGCAUUACCAUCCACUCUUGUAAAAUGUUUGUACCUAUUCUUCGAUCUCCCAGAAAUGGAAUCUGACUGUGAUGUUCGAGAGAAGGAUUCUGAAUUUACACCAAAAGAAAGGCGCAUUUUACUACAGAAAAUCUUCGUUCAAGUUUUGGUGAAACUUUGCAGUCAUGCUGCACCGGCUGAAGAGCUGUCUCGGAAGGAUGAUCUGAUGUUGCUUUUUUCCGCUAUCACUAGUAGCUGUCCAUCAUAUAAUGUUCUUUGGAGGAAAUCUGCCGCAGAAGUAUUAAUGACAAUAUCAAGACAUGGUCUUACUCAACCAGUUGUUGCGUAUAUUCAUAGUAAAGGAUGCAUGGCUCUUUGUAUUGAAAAUAUGCAACGCGGUCAAGAUUUGACUCCUCUCGACAUAGUAGAAAUGUUUGUGACAGUUUUCUGCUUUUUGAAAGAUUCUUCAGAGGUAUCUCAAACUCUUUUGGAUGACUUCAAAGUUGCUCAUGGUUAUUCUUUUUUAUCGGACUUCCUUUUCAAUUUGGAGGGAGGCUCUGAAGCUCAAGAGGUUAUUCGAAAUGUGGUUUUAAUGAUAGCAUCCUUAGCAAUGUGCGGCUACAAUGAGCUGAGGCCAAGUCAAGCCAGUGCGGGUUCACUUUUCCAAAUACUUGGCUUCACUGUUCCUCAACCUGCAGGAAGAGGAACAAGUGUCCGCAAUAUUCAGGCUUUUCAAGUAUUACAAUCAGUAUUUUUGAAGUCCAACUCUCCAACUCUCUGUUGCACCAUUUUGGAUGCUAUAUCAAGUGUUUAUCAUGCUGACAAUGCCAAUUAUUUCAUCCUUGAAAAUCAGAACACCUUAUCCCAGUUUGCUGAAAGAAUUCACCUCAAAACACUAGAAAUACAGGAAAAGUUUUUUCAACUCCUAGAAUUCAUUGUGUUCCAAUUAAAUUUUGUACCUUGCAAGGAAUUAAUCUCUCUCUCAAUAUUAUUGAAGAGUCAAAAUUCCAUCAGCUGCAGCAUUAUUUGCAUGAAAACUCUACAGAACAUCCUGAAGCACAAUACUAUCUUCAAAGAUGUUUAUAGAGAAGUCGGUAUCCUAGAAGUUUUUGUAACUUGUUUGCAACGUUACGGCGAGUCACUGAAGGAGAAGCAAUCGGCUAUCGAUGAGGGCAAAGAGUUUGUUAUACCUGCUGAUAGUGUCACUUUGGGUCAACUAGUUUUGGAAUCUUUAACGCUCCUAUUGAACAGUAAUGUUCAAAAUGCCAAUGUUUUUCGGGAAUGUGGUGGAGCGAGAACAGUUCAUGGCUUGAUUCAGUACACUGAUUGCCGUCAACAAGCUCUAGGAAUCGAGCGUGAAAUUAUUCUAACCACAGGUGGUGAAGACAGUAUGGGUAAUCUUUUAGGCAUGAUGCAUUCUGCUCCACCCUCAGCGUUACAGCUGAAAGCACAUAUUCUAAAAACAAUAUUAACAUGUUUACGUGAAAGUCACCGCACCAGAACUGUGUUUCGUCGGGUUGGCGGCUUUGUUUACGUAAUGUCAGUGUUGGUGUCAAUGGAAGGCUGUUUAGCAGAUCCAACACCUGCAGAGUGGCAGAAUGUAGCUCCAAAUCAGCUUUUAUCACUCCUGCAUUUAGUAUUUAAUACAAUCACCGUGGCAAUGCGCUUUGAGCCUGCAAAUGCCAAAUUCUUUCAUCAAGAGAUUUGCUUGACAAGUUUAUGUGAUACAUUACGCUUACUUGGUUGCUUCACAUCAGCUACAAAAAUUGAUGAAAGUGAUGAAGUGUGCGUAGUCUUGGAGGAAGAAUCCACCUUUCACUCACUCUUCUCCGGAAACUUAUUAGAGCCAAAAUUCCCUGAACACAUUCCACAAAUUCUGUGUUAUGUUACUUUAGUCUAUCGACUGUUGUAUGAUGUAGCCUUAGAUUCGUAUGAAAAGACAUCUGUAUCCGGUAACAUUCCUUUCAAAUCUCCGCGUCACAAACCCAGACAAAUUGAAAAUCAAAAAUCUGCCGAUUCUCCGUCAGCCUCUCGCCGAGUGAACUCACUAAAUUUGUCUGCGCCACCUCCAGAUCCAAUAGUAGUUCAUUCUGGUGUCGUCAUCGCCAUGCUCCAUCUUUUACCGUCAAUCAUUCACAGCAACUGCCCAAAACUUUCCCUGUCGCUUCAGUUAUUUGCGGCUGAAAUAAUUAGGUCAUUAGUCAGAUCCGAACGAAAUCAACAGGUCAUGUGUGAGAUCAAUAUGCCAAGUUACCUCCUGUCAGUUGGACAAAUGGCUCUGGAAGACGAAGCCCAUUAUUUGCAUAUUCCAUUUCAAUACAUGUUAGAAAGGCUAGCAACACAAAUGCUUGAACCCAAAGAUCUGAGAGAUUUCCUCCGCCUGGGUGAUCCCUUAUGCUGUGUUCCUAUGGACUAUUUGGACUCAAUAAUUACGCUCGGAAGGCGGCGACCCGGUGGACCAGUUCCUCUCACACGCAUCAAAACCUUAGUUUCCAUGACAACACCAAGAGAUUUUCGCACUAAUACCUACGCCGGCUCUUUGACUCUUCCAUCACUUGUCGAAAUGGACAUGAGUGCAGAAGGCUUUGCAUGUCUCUUUUUGCCAAGUAUAGCUCCACAGUCCCCCUCUGGUGGACAAUCAGUCGUAAAUGCUGCAAUAUUAACCAAUCAGGAUACGAAUGUACUCGGUGGGAUCGGCUCUGGGGACAGAAUAUUUCCACCGCAAACAGGCCUUAGUUUCUCCACAUGGAUUUGCGUUGACAGAUUUUCAGACCCUCGCACCGAUCCGCAUUGUAUUCGCUUGUUGACAAUAGUUCGGAAUCCUCAGAAUACUAAAGACGAUCAUCUAAUCUGUUUAGCAGUUGUGUUAUCUGCAAGAGAUAAAGCCCUACUAGUCAGCACUCAAGAGACGCCUGUGAGUCAUACAAGUAGUGGCUGGGAACCAGAUGGCAUAGGAGACUCCUUUGCUAGAGUCUGGUGUCCGGAUUUAAAUUGGGAGGGUCAGUGGCAUCACCUUUGUUUUGUUUUAAAUAGAGCUGUUCUAAAAAAUUCAUCUCUUUCAAUUUACGUCAACGGGCAGUUGAUCCACACCCAAAAACUUCAUUACAUAUCACAGAAUCCCGGAGGAGGAGUUGUCAACAUGACAGUGCCAACAUCAGUUUAUGCAUACAUUGGCACUCCGCCUAUGUAUAGGCGGUACUCCGAAUUGUGCUGGAAGCAAGGGCCAUGUCAUCUGGUUGAGGAAGUGUUAAGUCCUCAUAUUGUCACCAUCAUUUACGAAUUAGGUCCUCAUUAUUUGGGAAGCUUACAAGCUGCAGAUUUACAAAACUCAGAAGUUUUAGCGCCCCUUGUGGCGGAGGAAAAGAUCAUUUUCGGACUGAAUGCGAAAGCUGUAUCACAUUUGACUUUAGCCAAAAUCCGCAAAGUGUAUAGUAGAGUCGAUAAUAAAUCCAUCGCUAAACAGCUUGGUAUGUCUUCAAAUGAAAAUGCAACUCCUAUCAAAGUACUUCAUAAUUCUGCCGGUCAUUUGAACGGCCCUGCAAGGUCUCUGGGAGGAGUUGUUGUUGGAUACUUGGGCGUGCGUGUCUUUUAUCCAAGACCUGUUGCCAAAAUGAUCGAUAGUGUUGGCGGAUGCUCUGUUUUACUUGGAUUGAUAGCAAUGGCUCAAGACGUUGAAAGUUUAUAUGCAGGUGUUAAGGCUCUAACUUGUGUGGUUCGCUGCAACAGAGCUGCUCAACUUGAAAUGGACCGGCGACGAAGUUACCAAACCCUAGCCAUGCUUCUGCGCAAGAAAAAACAUUUACUCAACUCGCAUAUCCUACAUUUAACUUUCAGUUUAGUUGGCACAGUCGAUAGUGGGAGGGAAUCAUCCUCGAUUCCAAAUCCAGUCGCUUUUCAAGACUUACUGUGUGAUAUUGACGUUUGGCAUGAAGCCCCUGGAGAGUUGGAGCGAUCCUUGUUUGAGCAUUUACUUGAACUAGCUUCAGAAUCUAGUGAUAAACGUAAUAACUUAGCAAUCAUGAGAGAAUUGAAUUUGGUUCAAAGACUACUUCAUAUCUUGGGAGAGGUCAUUUAUCCUCCAUCAAAACAAGUCUUAAUAUCUUUAUUAGGAGCUUUACUUUCCGUGCAACCUGUACCAAAUGAUCUUCUGGCAUUCGGGCAGUUCAUCGCUUCCUCGCUUUCUCCAUCUGCUUCAACAAAUGAAAAAAUUUACGUUUUAAAAGAAACACCAUCAGUUCGUAAACAAUCUUGCAUCGAGGUUUGUUUAGAAAUUGAGAAUCUGUCGCUUGCAACAAGUAUGGACGAACAAAUGGAUGAAAAAGAAGUGGCAAACUGUAUAUUGUUGAGAAACCGCUGUUUGCAAUUACUUCACUCCCUACUUUUCACUCCUAAAAGCACAGUCAACGUCUCAUUUUGUGAGGAAGUUUCCAAAGUCCUUGGUUUUGACUGGAUUCUUCUUUUUCUCCAAGGCCACGUCCAUCCAACAUCAAUGGUCUGGGGUCUGCGUAUCCUUGUCGUUUUAUGCUCAGUGCAGAACUUAUUAAACAAAUUCCGAGAAGGCUCUAGUAAUGGCCAUUGGCUAACUAAUGCGGAACUUGUCGCUCAGAAUAAAAUGGGCGUGGUUCUCGGCUAUCAUCUCGGCACAACUGCACCAAAAUCACGUGAUUAUCGUGCAGAUGCUUUGAACGUCCCUGGUUUUCAACAUUUAGCUUGGUUACUGCCUCUUCACAUUGAUGUACCUGAAGUUUAUUUCCUUCUCAUGGCUUUAAUGAUGGGCCAACCUGUCAAAUUGUUGCCCGCAGACCCCAAAUUGGAUUUGGACAAUGUUUGGAGUUUUAUUUACGGAGUACCUGUCAAACAGUCUGUAUCUACAAUUUCCGGUCAAGUCACAUUGUGUCUAGAGGCUGUAGUAGUUUUGUUGGGGAUGGUCAGAACUAUGCUAAAUCAAGAAAAUUCGAAUCCAGAAAGCUUACCUCUUUGGCUGAAAGAUUAUCCUGUGACCAUUAUACAGUUCCUAUUUUUUCUUUACCACAACUUAGCAGACUUCAUGCCUAUUUUUAUGACUCCGGAAGUUUUGUCAGCGCUUGGUGCUACGCUGUUUCCUCCCCCAUCAACAAGUCUGGCAACCACCCCAGAGGAAGACAAACAAGCCGAAUCCGGCAUCUUUACUUCUGUUUCAACAGUCAAAGAAUCUUCAGAACUGAGCAGUCAUCCUGCGCAUAAAUUUGUCAUGGAUUUCUUGCGUGUCAUAGUCGUGGAUUCACUUUCUCUACCAACCACAGCGAAAACAACCCCCACUUUGGAUCUAGUUCUUGACGCCUCUCCAGAAGCUGCAAGUAAUUCACAAAUUUCCAAGUAUCAAACUGAAGUUCUAUCUAUGUUAAUGGAGCAUUUGUUAGCUGCGGAUGUGCUAAUAGGAGAACAAGCUGCUUUACCUAUUGUGCCAGGAGGAAACCACCAACACAUUCCUCAAAAUGUUUGUUACCUCACAGCGAGGAUUGUUGAUAAAAUAUGGCUAGGAAUGUUAUUGAAAGACCCUCACGAAGUUUUUGACUUCAUUAUAAAGCUCAUCACCCAAGCCAAACGUCGACCAAUAAGCCUAGCAUUAGAAGCAUUAUAUCACUCUCUCAACCGAAUCAUUCUCUAUCUUCUCUCAAGAGGAACAGAUACAAUAGCUGAUCAAACUUCUGUCAUGAAAACCCUUCACAAAUUAACCACCCACCGAAGCCUCGUUUUUGGAGCUGGGAACCAUGAAUUGGAUUUCAUUGGUUGCCUUACAUACUGCCUCCUUCAAUUAUCAGCUGAUAUGAAAAUCGUGCUUGACUCGAACUCUAAGACCCUGUGGCACAUCAAUCCGCAUCAAAUUACAGAAAAAGAUGAAGUAGUUAAAAAGGACCAAAAUUUGAUGGCGGUUCCAGCGUGUCGAGUCUGGGAGGAAUUGUACAUCUGCAAAAAGCCUGCAAUAGAGGAAGUUUUUAAGAUUUCCCUACCGACCUCACCCAACAACAAAUCCCCAGACUUAGCGAUUGUGCGGGAGCAAGUGUAUGAACCAGCAUUGAAAUUAUGGCUCAACUACAUUGACAUGGAGAAAAAAGCCUCCUACAGAAUGCCAUGGGAGUUGCAUAAUCAGAUUCAAUCAAAGAUCCAGAAAGUCACAGGUGGUCUAACAAGACUAGCUAGCCGCACCAAAGUUAAAAGAGAUGAAACUGUCAAAAUUCGUUACUCACACUUGACACAAGCCGAUAUGUCUUCAUGGACCCUGUCGCGGAUUGCCCUCAUCAGAGAUCUUGUUGCUUUAAAAGCCAUUCAACGGUCGCAAAAUCAAUUGUACAUGCAGAAGUAUGUUUUGGAAGAAUGGUUACAAAUAGAGGUAGAAUUGACUCGAGAACGAGGAUUGUGGGGUCCGGAAAUACCAAGUCGACUCGAUAAAUGGAUGCUUGAUAUAACAGAAGGCCCAAGCCGCAUGCGUAAAAAAAUGAUGAAGAAUGAUCUAUUUUACAUACAUUACCCCUAUCGAGCAGAACUUGAUGGUGGCGACAAUAAGUCAAUUAAGUACAAAGUGGCCAGUAGUUAUGAUAGCAAGGAAUAUUAUCAAAAGUAUCGACCGCAAAGCCUCAUAGAUUUGGAAAAAGAACUGUAUGAUUUUCCGCAAGAGAAGGAAGUUGUGUCCACUGUUGCUGGAAACGGAAGUGAAUCUUUAUCCGAUCAAAGUAGCUUCGAGUCUAAUUUCCAAGGCUUGAGACGUAUGGUUAAAAGAUCAACAUCCGAGUUAGAUGAUACGGGUGAGGAAAUAGACACAGAGACUGCUGGAACUGAAGAUACGGAACCUCCAGCAGACAAUCAGACUAUUCUGAGGCUUUUGGAAGAGCAAGAAAAAAUAAGUUUUAUGUUCCGAUGUGCAAGAAUUCAAGGUUUAGACACGGUAGAAGGGUUAUUGUUAUUUGGGAAGGAGCAUUUAUACAUCGUAGAUGGCUUUACUUUAUAUAAAUCUCGAGAAGUUAGAGACAUUGAUUCAAUUCCUCCAGAUGCUCAUGAUCCAAUAUUGCCCAGUCCAGGAAGCCCACGCCGAUCAAGAACCAAAAGACAGUGUUCUAAAUUUUCCUACGAAGAUAUAAGAGAGGUUCACAAAAGAAGAUACUUGCUGCAACCCAUGGCUCUUGAAGUUUUUGCUGGUGAUGGUAGAAAUUAUCUUUUAGCUUUCCCCCGGAAAGUGAGGAACAAAGUCUACCACAAAUUUAUGGCAUUUGCCACAGCGAUAAACGAUAGUGCCUCUCAGUCAGUUGCCGGUCAGAAGAGGACUGCAAAUGUCGAACAAGGAGCAGGUAUUCUCUCAAGUUUAAUCGGAGAAACUUCUGUUACCCAAAGAUGGGUGCGAGGUGAGAUUUCUAAUUUCCAAUACCUCAUGCAUCUGAAUACAUUAGCUGGUAGGAGCUACAAUGAUUUGAUGCAAUACCCUGUAUUCCCUUGGAUUCUAGCUGAUUAUGACUGCGAAGAACUCGAUUUAACAAGCCCUUCUACUUUCAGAGACUUCUCUAAGCCAAUGGGUGCGCAGAGUCCAGAACGUUUGGAGCAAUUCAAAAAACGAUUCAAAGAAUGGGAUGACCCUCAUGGCGAGACUCCGCCUUACCACUACGGCACUCACUACUCCUCUGCUAUGAUUGUUUGUUCAUACCUUGUUAGAAUGGAACCUUUCACUCAACAUUUCCUCCGACUACAAGGUGGUCACUUUGAUCUUGCAGAUAGAAUGUUCAACAGUAUUCGAGAGGCAUGGUUCUCGGCUUCCAAACAUAACAUGGCUGAUGUCAAGGAGUUAAUACCUGAAUUUUUCUAUCUUCCAGAGUUUCUAGUCAAUUCAAAUAAUUUUGAUCUAGGAUGCAAACAGAAUGGUGUUCAAUUAGGGGAUGUUGUUCUUCCUCCUUGGGCGAAAGAUGAUCCUCGCGAGUUUAUCAGAAUGCAUAGAGCUGCCCUUGAAUGUGAUUACGUCUCUCAACAUCUUCAUGAAUGGAUAGAUCUGAUCUUUGGGUGCAAACAACAAGGAGCAAGUGCUGUUGAAGCUACAAAUAUUUUCCACCAUUUGUUUUACGAAGGAAAUGUAGAUAUUUACAGCAUUGAUGACCCGUUAAAGAAAAAUGCAACCAUUGGUUUCAUCAAUAAUUUUGGACAGAUACCGAAGCAGCUGUUUAAAAAAGCUCAUCCAGCCAAGAAGUCAAAUCAAAGGUUAUCCAUGCUGGACCCUGUGCCCAUUGUGUCAGGCAUAACGAGUGUCCUUCAGGAUUCUGGCAAACUAUUCUUCCACAAUCUAGACAAUUUAAAGCCUUCCCUUCAGCCAAUUAAAGAACUGAAAGGUCCAGUAGGUCAAAUUUUGCAAGCUGAUAACAAGAGUGUUUUGGCCGUGGAGCAAAAUAAAGUAUUAGUCCCUCCUGCGUUCAAUAAGACUGUCGCAUGGGGCUUUGCGGAUCAUAGUCUUCGAAUCAGCAACUAUGACACUGACAAAGCAACUUUUGUGUCUGAAUCGAUUAUUCAGUCUGGAGGAGAAAUUGUAGCCUGUGUUUGCCCGUCUGGAAAAUUAAUUGUGACAGCAGAUACCAACUCUGUUGUGACCAUAUGGGAAUUCAAUAGGAAACAUCUGUCGGUUAUUCAGUGCCUGUAUGGUCACACCCAUGCUGUUACUUGUCUUGCUUCCAGCCCGGCUUACAAUGUGAUAGUCUCUGGCUCUCGAGAUGCAACUGCUAUUGUUUGGGACCUCUCGAGGCGAAUCUUUGUGCGCCAACUUCGGGGUCAUUCUGCUCCAGUUGCAGCGGUUGCUGUCAAUGAUCUGACUGGUGACAUAGCUACUUGUGCUGGGACAUGGCUACAUCUGUGGACGAUCAAUGGUGAUCCAUUGGCAUCUGUAAAUACUUGCGUCGGCCGAGCAGACAGGAUGCAGCAGAUUUUGUGUGUUACCUUUUCUCAAGCCAAAGAUUGGGAUUCGCAGAACGUUGUCAUGACUGGGUCCACUGAUGGUGUUGUCCGAAUGUGGUCUAUCGACUAUGUACAAGUUCCAAGGGACGAACCUCGAGAUUCCAUGACAGGAGAAACUCAGGAAAGUGGAAAUGAAUCCAGUUCUGAAGUAGCUGAAACCAGUAAAACAACAGAAGCUAUCUCCAGUUCGAAGACAGUUGAUGAGAAGGAGGGAAGGAAAAAGAGAGUUUGCGACCAACUUGUCAAACAAAUGAGCCUCUCUACUGAAUAUUCUGUCGAUAGUUCCAAAGGAACUUUAAUGAAGAGUGGUUCUGAAAGCAGUUUAUCAGGAAAUGAAUCGGAAAUGAAAAAUGCCAGUGGGAAUAUUGAUACUGUUGAUUCUGAAAUUGCUUCUGAUAAUAAAAAAACGGAGUCAAGUAUAGGUGUUCAGAAGAAAGAACCUGAUGUUCAAAAGGAAGAAAAGGAAGAAUGCAGCGGGGAUGAAAAUAAACCUGCGGUUCCUGUCGUCAGGAGGCGAAAAUCAUCGGCACGGAACAAUCCACAGUUCAGAAAGUCAGAGUGUGGUCCUCUACGCAAGGACAGUAUCGAUGACUCUCUCGGAAACGAGAGUUCUGGUAGCGAGAGUUUAUUCAGUAUCCGUCCAAGUAAAAGUGAUACAUCUCUAAGUGAUUCAUUUGUGGUUGUCAACGCUGAGGGUGAACUCAAAUCGGCCAGCGAGGAAACAGACUCAUUGAAUUUAUCGCCUUUGACAAAGAGUCAGACCAUGUUGAGCCCCUUCAAGAAAAAUCGAAGCCAACAUGCCCUGCGAGAGGGAUUCAAGUGGCAACGACAGCUAGUAUUCAGGAGUAAGUUAACUAUGCACACAGCUUACGACCGUAAAGAUAACACAGAGCCAGCAUCAAUUACUGCGCUUGCCGUUUCAAAGGAUCAUCGCACCGUGUAUGUGGGAGACGCUCGUGGACGAGUGUUCUCAUGGAGCGUGACUGAUCAACCUGGCCGCGGUGUUGCUGAUCACUGGUUGAGAGAUGACGGAGCGGAAUGUUGCUCGGGCUGUGGAGUGCGAUUCUCCCUCUAUGAGCGAAGGCAUCACUGUCGCAACUGCGGGCAGCUGUUUUGCUCCAAAUGCAGCCGAUAUGAGUCUGAAAUAUCUCGUUUGAGGAUUCUGAAACCGGUUCGAGUUUGUCAAAGUUGCCACUUGUCUUUGAAAUUGCAGCAGAAAUCGCAGUCAAUAGAAUCAUCGUAAAUAUUGAAUGAAUCCCUGUGGAGGCCCACAAGUACAUUUUCCAAUGCCACAAAUAAUUGAACAAAUGAGGCACUGCCAAGGAAUCAAUUCUCUGACUUUUCGAAGAUGAGCCCAUCCACAUUUUACAUCAACAUCAGAUCAUCGUCUGUAAGUGAACAAAAUAUCCAUUGUUCCCAACUUUAUAUUCAGCAAGAAAAGUGCGCACCCCAGGAGAAUUAUCCAUGGCUAUCCUGAUUUUAUUUGAUGUUUUCAGGAUGUAAAAUUCAUGGAAUUUCUCUAGAGAAUCUAUAUUUUUAGAUCAACUUAUUUCUGCACAACUCUGCAUUUGAAGAAAAUCUUCUCCAAGAAUCUGCCAAAUAAUCGAUGUAAAAAGAAAAAUUUUCCCAGAUUAGUUGAAACUCACCUCAUUUCUCUCACCAAUGGGAGGUACUGAUGAGGUACCACUUCUCAAUUGACAAUAAUUUCCUCUUUUUAUUUACCCACCAUUCCCAUCAUCUUAGUUUUAACUUUGCAGUAAAACCUUGUCAUAGUGGAUCCAGUCACUCCGCAAAUCUUUGCAAUCUUAUGUUACUGAUGUACUUUACCGUAACUGCACCGACAUGCAAAAAGAAAAAGAUAUCUAGCCCCUAUUCACUAUUCAGAUGGGUUCAAGGUUUCACUUCAAUUCCGUCAACUGCCUAUUAAAUGCAGGAUUGUUGUAAUUGUGCGCACUACAAAAUAUCUUCUUACCUUCCCUUUAAGUAUCUUAUUUCUUUAAAUAUUUGUCAUCUGCUCAGCUUGGAUUGGUACAUUGAAUUUGAUGUUACCUACAAAAAAAAAAAAAAAAUUGAUAUAGUACUGUUUUACAAUGUAAACGUGCAUUUAUUUAUUAUUUUUAAGUAAACCAAUGCUUUGAGAGCAGCAUAAAAUUGACAUAAGUAGAAUAAAAACGGUUAUACUGAAAGAGGCACCUAUGCUGCCUGGUGUGUCAUUAAAGAUGAUGGAUCGUAAAAUUUCACCAAAAAACCAUCAUGAUGUGCUGAUUCGAAUACCAUCAAAAACUUUGGUUCACAUUCGUGUAAAUCUUUUUUUAAAUGUCUUUCAUUUUUCUUCAGUACCAGAAAUAUUCAGCUAAGCAGUGAAAAUGUUGAAGGAAGUAAUAUAUAUUACUUUUCUUCCCUUAAAAGGGAAAAUACAAUCUAUUCUUGACUUUGCGGUACAUAUGUCCUCCUUGAGGAACAUUCUGAUUUAGUAGGAAAAAUUAUGGAAAAUGUUUCUCUCUAAAAGAAAGUCUAUGCAACACCAACUUCAAUGAUUGCACAGAUUCUAUUUCUAUGCCACGUACCUUUAAUUCACGAAUGAGAUGUGAACAAUUUCAUUUUUCCAAUCACUCAAUCUUUUGUCAUCAGCAAGUCUCUCCUCAACUCGCACAGAUUUUUCUCUCUCUGUUGUCGAGUUCUUUGUGCAAUGUAAAUAUGUAAAAAAAAAGAAACAACCUUUUUAAAAAGCUAAAAUUACUGAUUUGUUAAGUUUGUUUAUUUUAUUUUUGUUUCUUUUUUCUUUAAUUAACUUUUUAUGAAUGUUGUUUAAUGAGUCCUUUAGACAAUGUAAAAUAUGUAUUUACGUAACAAUUUUUCUUCUUCGUCUUGAAGGUCAACAGCAGUGUAUGUAGGCUCUGAAGGAGCUUAUUUUACCCGUUCAUUAAAUUUAUAUUUGAAUGUGAUGAAAAAUCAAAUUCCAGCCUUUAGGUUUGAAGCAAUUCUUUCGAAACGCCAACAUUUUUCACAAUAAUAUCUACAUAUAUGAUCAUAUACCUCACUUGAACAUUUUGUGUCUAUAAAGUAUUUAGAGAAUUUGUUUUCAGGAGGAUUAUAGGAGUUAUCGAUAACCAUAAGGCAAUGGGAAUUCUUUGAUGCGACUUUAGUAUUAAUUAUCAUUGAACUGUUAUUAAAUGUGAAAUGUAUUUCUUGUAUCCCUGUAUUUUUUUAAAUUUCAUUUUUUGUUUGUUUUUUAUCAUUUUUAUAUUUUUCUUUCCUACUCAAAUGUGACUUUUCUUUUUUAAUAUUAAUUAUCGUUGAACUAUAAUUGAAUGUGAAGAUGACUAUGCAUGAUUCUUUUAAACCCCCCCCCCUUUUUUUUUGUCCUCUCAACCAUAACUGACGAUCUUUUAAAAUUGAAGUAACAUCAGUACUUUUUAAAUGAUGAUUUUUAAUUGGAAAGUAGUAUUUUAAAUGAAUAAAAUCAACUAAGUCAAGUAACCCAGUGAUCAAAUUCAGCUCAAAAACCUAAAUUAGACAAUCCUUCCAUUUCGAUUUCAAUUAAAGAGACCAGAUAACUUUAAGUUCUGAAUCCUGGAUUCUACAAUUAAUUAUUUAAUCGGUUUACCUUUUUAACUUUCAUGAAGCGGAUGUAAUAAGGUAAUUUUAAAGCCUGUUUUCAUUCAUUUUCUUCUGUUAGUACAACAGAACCCUCUUUUUUGUCUGUCACAUUCCUUUCUAUCCUCUUGAAUUUGUACAUUGUGAUGUCACAAGUUGGUUGCUCUAGGAAACUUUUAAUCGAUAGAAUCUAAUCAUUUCCUCUGAAUGAAUUUUAGCUCCUGUAGCGAAAAAAAAAAAAAAGUGAGACAUAAUUGUUAAAUUUAGUAAUUUUUGUGAUCGGUUGUGAAGAGAGAGGCAGGUAUUUAUCUUGUAAUACGAAUGUAAAAAUCCACUCCUCUUGUUUUAGUUUAGUGUAGGUGCAUAUUAUGUUGUCUAUUUAUUUUAUUUUUAACCCUGUAAGUUAACGUUACCACAAGCAAGCUCACUGCAGAUCAAAAUAGCUAUCUUAAUAACAGUAAAAGUAAAAAGAA